GUUAAGGUGUGUAGCCGGUAAGUCUUUUAAUUGAUUAUAAAUAGUACUGUUAUUUUAAGUACAGUUAUUUUCCGACCAUUUAGGCCUAACUAUCAGCUGUCUGCUGCUCAGCCUUGGUUAUUCAACAUCUGCAAUUCGAAGAUUCAUAUUGACUUACACUGGUGACUACGAUUUGACUCGCUGGCAGUGCUUGUUGCAGGGAAUUCACAUACUGUUUUACGAGUUCGGCAUAGUCAGCGAAUCCCUCAUUGGCAUAACGAUCGCCGUCGACCGAUUGCUCGGAUUUGUGUACCUGAAUUGGCGUCAUUUCUUCACUGUGAAAAGGGCGGUUCGUACGACGGUUAGCAUUUUUGGCUGUUCGUUCCUGUGCUACGUUUGCACGUUUCUAUCGGCCCUCAGCAAAGACCGCCAUAUACAGUUGAACGCCGCAUGCCUCCACAGUCAGUCGGUCGGUUUGCGUGUGUUCAAAUUUUACAUUUUUCUGGAACUCGUCGCCUCCAUAAUAAUAAUUUGCUUGUACCUAAUUCUCGUCGCGCUUAUUCGGAAGAGGACAGUGGUGCGAAAUUCCAUAAUAGAUCAUUCAAGACUGGAGUCGACCGUUUCGAAAAGAAUCGCCCUGCUGAAUUUGCCGCUCGUUUUGCUGAACAUAAUGCCAUUGUUCCUAUCCGUUUUGCUACCUUACCGAAAAGGUGUCGUCAUACUGAUAUUCGAUACUUACGUCUGGGUAGUUCCUUGUGUUUGUGCGAUGAUUCUGCCACUUCUUCAUUGCUGGUUUAACCCUGAGUUCCAGAAGGUCAUCGGCAAACUAUCUUUUUGGAGUUUCUGCCCAAUAAAGGUCGAUGCACCCAUAUUGGACAUAAGAUAUGACUUCUUCCUUGAGGAGGGAGAAGAUGAUGUGUACGAAAGGCCGAUUUCCGAGUUCGUCAUUCUAUCGGUUCGAUAA